AAUGAUUUUGAACUACCAUGAAGGUGGCGGAACGUCAUUUGUUUUGACCCUUUUAAAAAUGGCUGCCCUUAACUAUAGCUAUGCAACACUCUAAUGUACCUAAAGAAUAACUCCAAUAUUAAUCCAUUUUAAAUAAGUAAUGUGCAAUAUACAAGUGUAGUUUAAGCAGUAGUGUAAUAUUUUAUAUUCAAGAAGGAAGAAAAAAAGGAAUAGUGAUACAAUUUAGAUCCAAUAUGAAGAUUAAUGCUACAAGGAUGACCACACCAAUAGAAGAGAAAAUUGACCAGAAAUUGAAGGUGAGAACUGGAAUGGUGACUGUUAGUGAUGGCAAAAGCAGGCCAGUUCCAGUUCGGUUGAAUCUAUCCAUGGAGGUUCUGCGCCUCCAGAAGGAAGAGCUUUUGCCACCAGAUGCAAAGCCAUCAAACACUAAGGAACGAAUGGUCCAAAUUACAAGACAAAAAGUUGGAGGCCUCGGAUUAAGUAUUAAAGGUGGGGCGGAACACAAGUUGCCAAUAUUAAUUUCUAGGAUAUACAAGGAUCAAGCAGCUGAUCAGACUGGAGAAUUAUUUGUUGGGGAUGCAAUUAUUAAGGUUAAUGGUGAAUAUAUAACAGCAUGUCCCCAUGAUGAUGCUGUGAAUAUUUUAAGGAAUGCAGGAGAUUUGGUUGUGCUUACUGUGAAACAUUAUAGAGCUGCUACUCCCUUCUUGCAAAAGCAAGACAUUGCAGAGGAUGGGCAACAAACAGACAGCAAUAGUGAGAGGGACGCUUCUGAUGAGAGUCUGAGGUUGGCUACCAACAGCACUGGGUCCAGGCCGAGCUCGUUGUACUCCGAAUCAGAAGCGGAGCCCCAAAUCCGAUGGUCGGAUAUUGUUACACUGCCUCUGAUGAUGGCUUAUGUAACGCGCUACAUCUUCGGUACAGACAAGCUAAGGCCGAACUCGUUUGAAGUUAGAGGACUGAAUGGUGUUAGCACGGGAAUUAUUCAUUGCGAUGAUUCCGCUAUUCUGUCGCAGUGGCUCAAGUUUAUCACGGACAAUAUAAUAGGACUUACGCAUCUGCAGAUGAAGCUCUACAAUCGGAAUUUCAGUAUUUCGGAUAAGAUUGAAUACAUGGGAUGGGUCAACGAGGGCGUCCUAAAUAAUAACCACCCAUGGCAGAAUUAUAAGCCAAGAUUUUUCGCAUUGAAGGGAACAGACUUGAUGCUCUUCGAUACACCUCCCUUGAAUGUAGGUGAUUGGACAAAAUGUACGCUGAUGUUCAAAGUGUACCAAACAAUGUUCAGAGUAGUCAAGGAAUCCGAAAACGUGGACGAACGCCAGCACUGCUUCCUGGUGCAAACAUCCGGUCAAGACUCCCGUUACUUCUCUGUGGAAACUCGACAGGAGUUGCUAAGAAUCGAAAACGCCUGGCACUGUUCGGUUUGCACUGCUGUCAUGAAACUUGGAAAUAAGACUUUCACAGUCAGUUUCAACGGGAAAACGGCCGGAUUGACUCUCGAUUGGAACUCUGGUUUCUCCUUGAAUGAAGCUGACUCCAAAACGCCCGUCUGGCAAUACAAGUUCUCGCAGCUACGCGGCUCUUCCGACGACGGCAAGUCCAAAUUGAAGUUACAUUUCCAGGACACCGAAUCUCGCGCCAUCGAAACGAAGGAGUUGGAAUGUUCGAUUCUGCAGAGUCUGCUAUUCUGCAUGCACGCAUUCCUGACCGCAAAAGUAGCAUCCGUCGAUCCUGGAUUCCUCUGCUCCAUGUUGCCAUAAUUUGCGUGCGCACAGAACCAAAUACGAGAUCGGAGCAAAUUUAAAGCGCAAAUGAGUUUUAUUGGUUUGGGAAUUGGGGAAAUUGCAAUAUUGCGAUUAUUCAAUUCCAUGGAUUUAUAUUCCCUACUUAUUACGAGGUCAGGUUUAGGUAUAGGUUUACGAGGGCGCGCGAUAUGUUAUGUUGAAAUUUGCGUGCCGUCGCCAAGUCUCGAGUAGACUUCCAAGAGAAAAGAAAAAAAAAGGAAUAUUCGUACUGAUUUACGCCUAAUACUAUCUAGUAAAUUGUUGUUAUAAUAUAUUUUAAUAUAAUUUAUAUAUAUUGAAGAAACGUAGCGAGGACUGCCCCUCAUCAAUCAGACCAGUUUUAUAGGGCGGAAGGACGAGGAUUAUCUCGGGACGCGGUUGCAGCCAGACACUUUUGGGAUUUUAUAGCCUUUACUUGUUAUAUCGGUGGAUGUGGUUCAGCCAUUAUUCGCUAUGCUCAUUGCGUCUCGCCACAACCUCGUUCCGUCAUAUUUCUUCCAUAAUAUAAGCGAAAUACUAAGUAAUCCGUAGAAUAAGCACAACAAAUAAUGCACGCACCCUCAUUUGGUCAAUUCACGGGACAUCUUUAUCGAUCGAUGCGACAAUAUUACGACACAAAGUGUCGCAAUUUGAUCUUCCUCAAAAAUCGUUGUAUCGAUGUUAAAAUAGUUAGUACCGUGCAGUGGUGUUCCAGAGAGGCUCAGUCUGGAAAACCACUUCGAACAAAUGAACCUCGACGCACACCGGACAUAGCCUGUAUACAAUAAAUAAGUAAAUUUGAACUAAAAGAAAAACAAUACUCGUUUGCUCAGUCUAUGUUCGAUCAAUCCAUUGCGGUUUCCAAGCUGCAAUGGCGUAGUGCGCAUUAAUCCUUAGUGUUACUAGAAGACGUUCCUUAUCUGAAUUAGGCUUUAAUUUCGUUGGUUAUUUCGUAAUAAAGAGUAUCGCCUCUCCAAUAUGCGUACACUGGGGAUAAAGUGGAAAAAAAGAGUAACAAGUAAUAUACAAAUAAGUAGUCAAUAUCUUGUUCAAUUAUGAUUAAUUAGCAAUAAGUUUCGAUCGAUACAAACAGAAUAAUUGGAGAUGUAUAACGAUGCGUUCUCGAGCGACCGUUGCGGGAUAUUUUCUAAAUUGAACAAAUUGUUAAUAAUUUUUAACCAAAGAAACGUGAUCUUUUUAAUUAGGUAUUAUUGAUUAGGUGUAAUUGAGAAAUAUAAGAAGAAGAAGAAAAAUAAGCAAGUAACCCUUGAUAUCCGAGAUCUGUUCGUUGAAAAAUUGUGGAUGUUAUUUAAUGAAGAAAGCAGAGAGAAAAACGCGAAAAAAACAUGGAAAUUAUGAAAUUAGUUGUUAAACUUUAAAAAGAAUAUAUUUGAUUAUUAUAUCUGAUUGUUUGUAUUCAUAUUUGUACAGUAUAUAUUAUCAAUUACAUAGCUCUUGAUUAUUGACCCA